AUGUCUGGGUCAGCAGCCUCGCCAUCAAGCUCGCCGCGCUUACCUAGCCCUCCUCCCUUUACGGAAGUGCAGAUUGCACCCAAGUCCCCGACUGUCAGUGAUGGAACGGGCGACGGAUCCGACGAAUUACUAGGCAUACCACAUGGCCAGGAUGAAGCCUCAGCACGAAGAAUCCAACCGGGCACCAAAGCUGCGGAUAUGGCCUCCGGGCCUCCCUUGGUCCCCCUCUCGGAGCUUGAUUCUCCAUUCCAACUUCAAGAGCAUCUCAAAGCCUCUUACCAUCACUUCACACAGCCCGCAGGUUCUGAUACCAUUGCCCCUAUAACCAGAGAUAUUGCGCGAGACCUGGCGGAGCCACCAGCGGGCGUGGAACGGUCUCUAUGGCUGUACGAGCUGUGCCGGUUCCUUACAAUGAAAGCAAACAAUCUGGUUAUUGCAUUCUUUGCCGAAGACCCGCCAUGCUCGGCGCAAACGUGUCCGGAAAUGCGUGCAUCUGAAUGGCAAUAUCUUUGCGCUGUCCACGAUCCCCCAAAGUCCUGCUGCGCGAUCGAUUAUUGCUGCCAUACGCUCGAUUGGGCAACAAAUGUUCUCACAUCGCCCAAAUUUUUCCCGAGUCGGCUUACCCUUGGCACUGACGCGACCGGAGGGCCGCAGGCCAGCAUGAGACACCUCACCAACGUUUUCCGCCGGGUAUAUCGAAUAUUUGCGCACGCUUGGUUUCAGCAUCGCGAUGUCUUCUGGCAGGUCGAAGGGCACGAUGGCCUUUACGUCUUCUUUAAAACCGUUUGUGACGUCUACAGCCUUAUCCCGGACGACAACUAUACAAUCCCUCCAGAAGCAGAAGGCGAAGAAGCUUCUAUCGCCAAUUCCGGAAGUGGUCAAGGUCAAGGCGUCAACAGGAGGUUGACCAUUCUACGCAAGGACGAUCCAGUAACAGUAACACCUCCCAACAGCCUCGAGGAACCCAGCGUGGGUUUAGCUGCGGCGACCACCAGACGACAUAGACAUUCUCCAUCAACCGGUGUUGGCGUCACAACAAUUGCGGAGGCAGCAGAGGACGAUGAUAUAAGCAAAAAUAUACUGGGAGGAAGCAGGCUACCCAAGGAUCCCAAGGUGGAGAGAAGGGAGAAGAUAAGCGAGGAGAUAACUGAGGAACUAUCCGAGGAGCCGGAGUCGAUUUCGUCGAGUGAGGACAAGAGUAUACCGCUUGAAACCCAGCCCAAGGAGGAGAAUCAAGCAAAUAAAACGGAAGAGUCUCAUGCAACAAUGAAGGAAGAACCCACCAUAUCUCCAUCGGCACCUGAAGAAGAGACGGAUGCUUCUGACAAGGAGCCGGUGGAGGAUGCUCCGGGGUCUCCUGGCCCGUCCGAACCCACCAUUUCAAAUAUGGACGAUGAGCUGACGAAAGAACCAGCCACAAAAUCAACUGAACCCCAGGAAGAAAAAGGAGAACCAGCUGAUAAACCUCAAUUGCCUCAGGAGACUGAAGAUGUAGCAGGCGAUCAAAAACCUGCCGCCGAGCCUGAAGAAUCCGCGGACCUUAGCACCUCAAAGGAGCUGCAACCUGAACCAGCUAUAGAAACGGAGAAAUCCGGGGAAACUGAAGAAAAAGAGGACAAGGAACAAGAGUCCAAGGCAGCUUCAUCUUAG